AUGAACAUGUUCAUUAACAAUUGUUCACUUGUUCGGUUGUUCACGGCCAGUCCUGGCCGCACCCCUCAGCUCCCUCGGGAGAUCUGGGUCAAAGUCCUUCGCCUACUGCAAACGCCAAUCCCAGGUGCCCUCUCUUACCCUCCACGAAGUGUGUUUCGUCGUCCUGAACUACGAAACUGCAUGCUUGUUUGCAAGACCUUCCACUCUAUCGCGGCACCACUUCUCUACACACACAUCUUCACCGAUAACCUGCCGCUCCUCCUGGAAACAAACCUCGGCGGCCGCAGGCUCAAUCUCCGCCAUACACGGUCUUUGCGCGUCGAGUACAGGGAGGUCCACAAGGAUGAGCCCUGGUUGAUAUCGGCUUACGAAGACCUACUCAAGGAAGGCUGGACGGAGUGGUCGGAGCGGACAGAUGAGGAACUGGAAGAGGACAUCAUGAGGCAGUGCGACGCAGAGGUGGAACACCUCCGGUACUGCUUCUACUUUCUCCAGGAGCGGACCACGGCCCGAUUCGUGUUUCCUCGGCUACGGACGGUCGCCAUCUCGUCCAUCUAUGGCGUCCAGGACCACUGGCAACGUUGGAGGGAGGCGCGGAUGGAGGAGGGGGAAGAGUCUAGGCUGUAUCACAACGCGCAGGCGCUCAACACAUUCUGCAACCACCUCGACCUAGACGCAUUCUGUGUCCGCGACCUCGCCGGUCCCCUCGCAUCACUCGGACGCGACAGAUGGACGUGGUCCUCCCUACCCUGCGUCCGGACUCUACACUAUGACGACGACGCGGAUGACCUCUACCUCUCGUACGGCGGACGCGUACGGUGGGCAUGCGAUGCUCCGGAGGACACGGACUGGGAGAGCUUCACCAAGACUACCAUCUUCCAGACGGAAAAGGCGGUCAAUGCUCGGAAGAAGGAGAUGGGGUUAUGCACGAUCAGCUCGGAGGGUGCGGCCAACCUCGAGAUUUACUGCUCGCCGUCCAUCCCAUCGGAGGAAAUGUACGAGGAUGGUCCCCCCGUCGGGUCUGACCCGCCUCGGUACACAGCCAAAGCGGAGCAGGCUUUGACGUUCUGGAGGGAUAACAUGGCGAGCGUGGGCGCGGAGCUGCAGGAGAUCUACCGGGAGAAAAGCGGAGUUCUCGACCGGAUCAGGUGGUAUCCCUCGCCCGAGACGCCCAUUUGCCUGGCGUGCGGGUCCGGGCCGCCUGAUUAUUCGCAAGAAGGAGCUCGGCGGGUGUGGAUCGUAAAUGAGGUAGAGUCUGCCUCUCGUUAA